GAAGGAUAUUAAGCUUCGUUAUACUACUGAUUUUACUACUAUUUUACUUAACAGCUCGUUGGAAGAAAACGCCAUUAUAAAUAAAAACCUCGCAUUCAAUAUUUAAUUAGUAAAAAAUAUGUAAGUUUUAAGGGCAAAUGUACUUGUAAGUAUUAAAGUAUAUGCAUUAACGUGUUAACCAAAUCAAACUAUUGUUGCGACAAAUGUAGUGAAGUAAAGAGUAAUAUUUCCCUGUGGGGUGUAGUCUAGUGGAGCUAUGCAAAUACUCAAUAAAGGUAAAUGUAAACGAGUAAAUGUACGGUUACUUUGAUAAACACAGCUUCCUCCUCCUCUUCCUCGUCACCCUCCAUCAUCUUUACCCGACGUCAUCAUUCCGCUUGAGAAGGGAGGCUAGCUAGCGCUGAUGUCUCCUAUUGGUCGCUUCCGCCAGUGUAAACAUGUAGCCCUGUCACCGGCACAGCCGUAUUGCUAUGGAGAGGUCUUUGCUAAUUGUUAACCAGUUUAUCAGUAAUCCGAGAAAUGAUGGCUGCGUUGCUGAAAAUAUCAGUUUCGGAACCAGGGCAGUGCCGUGUUAGCUUGACAACUAGCUAGCUAACACUGAAUAGCUAACUAUCGGGCCGUGUUUGUAUGAGGGUGGCCUUGCUAAUUAGACAGCUAGCUUCCAGUUGGCAGCCACGAAUAGCGGGCUAAAUCGACGUUAGCCACACAAAGGAGGAUGGCAAGUAAUGUAAUAUAACAAGGACACUUCGAGAAGCGGAGAAAAAUGAACUCGAGACGUGCCUCGUCACCUGUGAAUGGGAAACAAGGUAACGACUGGGACACCAGACGGAAGAGGAAAAUUGUGGAGAUCACGCAGGCCCUGAGUGUGAGUCCAGUGGAUGUGGCGGCUUUGAGGCGGAUGGCUAUCAGCGAGGGAGGACUGCUGACUGAUGAGAUACGCCGUCAAGUCUGGCCACGGCUCCUCAACGUCCCCCUUCACGUCUUGGAUCAAGAGCCAGAAAAGGUAGAGCGGGAGAAUAACAAGGACUACAACCAGGUGUUGCUGGAUGUCCAGCGCUCCCUGCGGAGGUUCCCACCUGGUAUGCCAGAUGAGCAGAGGGAGGGUCUCCAGGAAGAGCUAAUUGACAUCAUCCUCCGAGUUCUCAAACGUAAUACCCAGCUGCACUACUACCAAGGAUACCAUGACAUUGUUGUCACCUUCUUAUUGGUCCUGGAAGAGCGCCUUGCAACUGCUCUAGUGGAAAAGCUCUCCACGCAUCAUCUCAGGGACUUCAUGGAUCCUACCAUGGACAACACAAAACACAUUCUAAACUAUCUGAUGCCCAUCAUUGACAGGGUCAACCCGGAGGUGCAUGACUUCAUGCAACAGGCUGAGGUGGGUACAGUCUUCGCUCUCAGUUGGCUGAUCACCUGGUUUGGCCACGUCCUGUCAGACUUCCGCCAUGUUGUCCGGUUGUAUGACUUCUUCCUGGCCUGUCAUCCAUUGAUGCCCAUCUACUUUGCUGCUGUGAUCGUACUGUACAGACAAGAGGAGGUGCUGGAGUGUGAAUGUGAUAUGGCCAUGGUUCAUCAUCUGCUGUCUCAGAUUCCCCAGGAUCUGCCAUAUGAGACACUGAUCAGCCGAGCAGGAGACCUCUUCGUCCAGUUCCCUCCCUCUGAACUGGCUCGAGAAGCUGCCUCACAUGAGAGCAUGGCGACCUCUACCUUUAAGGACUUUGACCUUGCAUCUACUCAGCAGCGACCAGACUCUGUUCUCCGUCGCCGACGCAGACAGAAGCAGGCUGCUGCGCUGGAGAGCUCAGCUGCGAGCUCCGUAGUGGCCCAGCCUUCAGCAGCGCGGCGGUUCGUUCGGCUGGCUGUCAUGGGUCUGACGGUGGCUUUAGGGGCGGCAGCUCUCGCUGUGGUCAACACCGCCCUGGAGUGGGCCCCCAAAUUGGACCUGUUUCCUUGAACUGCUCCCAUAUCCCCCCCGUGCUCCAACCUACCUGUCCUUGACUAAACCUAGCUGGUGGGUCUGAUUCCAAGAACCCUUUAACUAAUCAAUUACAGCAGAAACCCUGCAGUCAAUAACACUGUCUGGAGUGUACAGUACUCUCUAAACCCAACCAAUUAACGCUCCUUGUUUGGAUGUGUCUAAGCAUCGUAUGUAGGGUCCUUUUUAUGACUCCCGGAGAGCACGAACCAGUGUAACGGCAACAACUGCGGCCGUUCUGACAUGAAGAAUCCAUCCUGUUAAAACAGAGAGACUGUAUUUCUCAGAACUAUCAUGAUGGCGUCGUCUUUAAAGUUUAUUUAGAUUUGGUAAUAGAAGAAUCUGAUGUUGAGUUACGCUGACAGAGAUUUAUGCUGAAAGCUUGGUGGACUCACUACACUUGAACCUGCUGCCAAUUAAGAGAGCUGGAGUGAAUGUAUGAGAGUGUGUGUGUUUGUGUGUAUGGUCACAACCCAUUUGUUAUCUCUUUGAUACCUGGACUGAGACCAAAUAGAGGAUUGUUAGAGUCCUCUCUUUGUAUAAUUUACUGUUUUUUUUAAUUUAUAGGUAUGCAAGCAACUGUAUAAAUAUAUGGUCAUGACACACAGGCACUUUAUAAGGUCACCAUGUUUUUGGGUUUUGUCCCUUUUAAGUUUUUUGAAUAAGCAUCGUUGGUCAAGAAAAAAAGUACCAUCUUGUCUGGGACUUAUUUUUAAAACAUGACAACGAACAGUUGUCGGCCUUCACUACACAUUUUACUGCUGGCUCACGGUUGGGGUCGGCUAAACUUACACGUAAGAAGCUUUUAACAAAAUGUUCUCGGUGUUUUGAAUUAUUUUGUAUCUCGAAACGUAAGUUUGAGGAUUAGGCUACAACCACGUCACUUCAUUGUGUUUGUGGCACAACCUUAAAAAUGUGUCUGUGUUUCAUGGCCCCUAAUGAAGAGGGUAUGUUUUCUGCAUCACUUUCUCUGGAGUAGAAUCUCUCCUAGUUCAGCAACACACUCACUCACUCAAUGCCUGGUAGCAGAAAAUAUCAAAGCUGGGAUAAAUAGGAAGUAAAAUGAAGUGGAUAUUGUAGUCCUCAUGUUGGCAAGUCCUUGCGGGACCUAGUUUGCACUGACCGCGUUUUACAAAAUCAAAAUGAGUUUGAUAGGUGCUUUCUUUGUUCACUCCGACUUUAAGGGUGCUCCUGUCAGAGAAAGCGCCCGAGCCUUCAGAUUAACGCUCUCCGCUGUUUUUGUUUUAACCAUGACAUAAGCUUAAUUUCAACACAUGCCAUUUAGUAAGAUAUAUUGCUUUGAGUGUUGCAUUUGCAUUUCUAGGGCAGUCCAGCUCAUUCCAAUGUUUCAGUCAUUUUCAUCCAAGCACAUAUUUACAGUAAUAGGGGAUUGCUUAGGUUUCAGUGUCAUGGCACUCACUGGAAUAGCCGUGUCUUAUCGUUAAAAAAAACAAAAAGCAGAGCCAAUAGUUUGUCAGAGCACUUCAUUUAAAGGUAGUAAUUUGGGUUGUUUGUUAUUUUUAAGGUGUAUUUUGCUUUACAGAAGUCUUCAUAAUUAUUGACUGAGUUCUAGGUCAUCUACAUUGUACUGCAGAACAACCACUCAACGAUAAAUCCCUCACUUCAGGUGAAGAUACAGUGAGAGAAGUUGUUUUUGCUAUAUAAGGACCUGAAUACUUUGGCGUCCCAUUCCUUCUGUAUAUUAUAGUUGAUUGCUUUAUUGCCUUUGUAGUGAGCCACCCAUUCAGCUGAUAAAGUAAAUCCAAACACAUCAAAAUGAAGGUGACCUGGAACAGGGAUGCUGCGAGGUGCCUGAGAGUAUAGUUGUUCAGCAGUAUUGUAAUGCACCAUGUAUCUGCACUCAGUGGUUUAUUUUUAUUGCACUAAAUGAUUUAUCUGCCUUUUAUGUUUAUUUUGUUAUAAUGAAUCUGUCACACUAAUGUAAAGUUGUACAAGAGAAUGCUAAUAAACUAGAGUGAAAAUGUUCAA